AUGGCUAAAUGGAUCCCUCCCCCCUUCCCUUCAUUCAAACUACAGUUUGAUGGGGCUUCUAAUGGGAAUCCGGGAAGGUCUGGUAUUGGAGCAGUUAUUUUUUAUCAUUCUUCUAAGAUCAUCGAAGCCUUGGGAAAACACAUUGGUCAGGGUACUAAUAAUGUGGCUGAGUUUCAGGCUUUAUCACUUGUGCUUGAUCUCACUAUUUCAUUGAAUAUUAAAGAUAUUGUUAUUGAAGGAGAGUCAAUGGUGGUUUUUUCAGAUAUGGCAUCCAUUUUGUCUUUGCAUUUAUUCUUACUAACACAAAAUGCUCUAUUUUUUAUGGAGAGUUUUGGUCAAAAUCGGUGGCUGGUGGCUUUUUCAGAGGAAUUGGAAAGAGCAGUUAACAUGGUGUUGCAGAUGGUUUCUUAUUCUGUUGUUAUUUCUUUGGCUUUGGCUUUGGAUUAUUCUAUGGAUCGGUCUCAUCUUGCUUCCUAA